UGAUGUCUGUGAAGUGCGUCCAGGACCCAAUCUGAAUAUGAUUGUAGGUGCUAAUGGCACAGGAAAAUCAAGCAUUGUCUGUGCAAUCUGCCUGGGACUGGCUGGAAAACCUUCUUUCAUAGGGCGAGCUGAUAAGGUUGGUCUCUUUGUAAAGCAGGGGUGCUUGAAAGGUGUAGUAGAAAUUGAACUGUCUAAGACACCUGACAAUGUCAUUAUCACUCGUGAGAUUCAAGUGGUGAACAACACAUCAGCAUGGUUUAUCAACAGAAAGCCAACAACCCUAAAGACAGUAGAAGAGCAGAUUGCAGCCUUGAACAUCCAGGUGGACAAUUUGUGCCAGUUUCUUCCUCAGGACAGAGUUGGAGAAUUUGCAAAACUGAGUAAGAUUGAGUUGCUUGAAGCCACCGAAAAAUCCAUUGGUCCCCCAGAAAUGUACCAAUUUCACUGUGAACUGAAAAACUUCAGAGAAAAGGAAAGAGAACUGGAGAACUUGUGCAGAGACAAAACUAACUCUUUGGAGAAAAUGAGACAGAGGGUUGAACGAUACAAACAAGAUGUUGAGAGAUACCAUGAGCGCAGGCGCCAUCUAGACUUAAUUGAGAUGCUUGAGAGGAAAAGGCCUUGGGUGGAAUAUGAAAAUGUUCGUCAGCAGCAUGAGGAAGUGAAACAAAGCCGAGACCAAGCCAAGGAAGAACUGAAGAAUCUGAAAGAAAUGCAGUCCCCAGCGACAAAAAAAAUCCAAGAAACUGAAGAAUAUUUUAAGAAUCUGGAUAUGAAAAUCAGAGAUAAGGCUGCUGAAAUCAAGGACAGUUCUCAAAAAUGUAAACAGAAGCAAGAUGCUUUGGAAAUGAAAGAUAAACAAAUUGAAGAAAUUCAUCAAGCUUUGAGAAUGAAAAAAGAUGAAGAAAUGGACAGACAGAGGAAAAUACACAACACUCACAAGAUGAUAGAGGAGUGGAAGAAUGAGCUUGAAACAAUGGCAGUCUGUGAGAAUCUUCAGCCACAAGCCGAUGCUAUUAAUAAUGAGCUGAAAAAAUUACAAGAAGAAAGGGCAAAUACUGAUGGUGAUAUCAGUGAUCUAAGAGUAGAGAAAAUGAACCAAGAGAGGGAAAAUAAAAGAAUAAUUGAUCGCCUUGGACAACUUAAUAACAUAAUGAAUAUGAAGGAAGAGAAUCUUAAAGGGAGAUUCCGAGACACACACUCUGCUCUUAUGUGGCUAAGAAAGAACAAAGACAAGUUUAAAAAACAAGUUUGUGAACCCAUGAUGCUUGAAAUCAAUAUGAAGGACAACAGACAUGCUAAAUAUGUUGAAAAUCACAUUUCAGCCAGUGACAUGAGGGCUUUCGUUUUUGAGAGUCAAGAAGAUAUGGAAAUGUUUCUUGUGGAGAUGCGCGAUCAUCAGAAACUAAGAGUGAAUGCUGUAUGCGCGCCUGCCAAAUCAUGUGCUGAAAGCUUACCUUCGAGACCUAUUGAAGAAUUACACCGAUACGGAUUUUUCUCAUAUUUACGAGAGUUAUUUGAUGCUCCUCAUCCUGUGAUGAGUUAUCUUUGCUCCCAGUACCGUGUUCAUGAUGUCCCUGUGGGAACAGAGAAGACCAGAAACAUGAUUGAAAGGGUCAUACAAGAAACCAAACUUAGGCAAAUAUACACCGCAGAAGAAAAAUACAUUGUUAAAGUAUCUGCUUAUACAAACCUAACCCUCUCUACUAACACAUCCCUGAAAGCGGCACAGUUUCUCACUAGUUCAGUGGAUACAGAUGAAAGAAGACAGCUGGAAAACCAGCAACAGGACAUCAAUAACACAUUAAAGUCAUUGGAUAUGCGUUUGGCUGCAUUGUAUGAGAGACAGAAACAUCUGGAACGCAGAGACAAUGAGCUCAGGCAGCAGAAGAAGGAGCUUUUAGAGAGAGGAAACAGGAGGAGACAGUUGGAAUCAAAAAUUGGUGUGAAGUAUGAUAGUUUAAGACAGCUGGAACAAGAUGCUAUCAACCUAGAGAAGGAAUCUCAACAAGCAAAUGUAAAGAUCAAAGAAAUAAAUAGCCAAAAAGCAAGACUUGUUACCGAAUUAAUGCAUCUUAUAAAGAAUUGCAUAUCACUGAACAUCCUCAAAGCAGAUUUGGUUCUUCAGAGUACUACAGUGGCUGCUGAGAAGAACAGACUAGAAUCAGAGUAUAAAGCAGCAAGUGUACAGCUAAGAGCUGCAGAGCAACAAUUUCGUGAACUGGAUGAUAGGAAGCGAGUUCUUACAGAGAACUGCAAGGAAUUACUGAAAAAAGCUCGACAGGUCUGCAAACUGAGUCCAGAUCAACAUCUUCCAAAAGAAUUUCAAACUGCUUUUCAGUCUCUUCCGACCACGUUGGAGGAAAUUGAUGCUUUUCUGAAUGAAGAGAAAACCAGGGCCUCCUGUUUCACAGGCCUGAAUGCUUCGGUUGUUGAAGAAUACAAUAAGCAGACACAAGAAAUACAGCAGUUGACGGAAUAUCUAGAGGAAAAGAAAAAUGAAUUGGAUAACUAUAAGCAAAACAUUUCACAGGUCAAAGAAAGGUGGCUAAACCCCUUGAAAAAGCUGAUUGAGCAAAUUAAUGAGAAGUUCAGUAACUUCUUUAGUUCUAUGCAGUGUGUUGGUGAAGUUGAUCUUCAUGUGGAAAAUGAG